UUGAAACCAAAUUGUCAAAAUUACAGGCACCGUAACGCUACAUUAGUGUAUACAGCUGGGCUGUGGGAUCAACUGGAAGUGGAAUUCACAUUCAGAAGACUAUAUGGGUACUAUGUUCUUCAGGCCUACAUGCCGACUUAUCUUUCUGUCUUCAUUUCGUGGAUAGCGUUUUGGAUUGACACCAAGGCAUUACCCGCAAGAAUAACCCUUGGCGUCUCAUCGCUCAUGGCUCUGACCUUCCAAUUUGGUAACAUUGUAAAGAACCUACCAAGAGUCAGCUAUGUGAAGGCUCUCGACAUCUGGAUGUUUGGUUGCGUAGGAUUCAUAUUUCUUUCUCUCGUUGAGUUAGCCGUUGUUGGUUUUGCUGACAAGUUAGAUGCGAAACGGAAACGCUACAGUAGAUCUAUGGAACAUGCGGUGAUGCGGAUCGUCGAUAACCGGAGUCCAUUAGCUACUGGUGUACCGCUACUAGUAGCACCCGAGGGCAACGGUAACACGCAGAGAAAGCGAUCGGAGGAGAAAAGCCGGCGGAUGUACGUACAUGUUGAACAUCCUGUUCACGUGAACGGAGAGAGGAUAGAUGAAAUUUCUGCGAAGCUGUUCCCUCUGCUUUUCACAGCUUUCAAUAUUUUCUACUGGUUCUACUACAUUGGGAUGUCAGGAGGAAUAUUCUGA